GGCAAGUUCUAAUUCUCCAAAAGUACAUUUUGUGGAAACUUCAGCCUCAUCAUAGAUAUCAAAGCAUUUUCAAAUUAACAUUUGAAUUUAUUAUACUGGUAAACUUAUCGCUAUUUUUGUCCAUUUUGCCUGUCUAAAGCAGUAACAAUAACAAGUUACUGUGUUUAAUUUGGGGACGAACAUGUGGAGAUGGAGACCUUCCCUGCAUUAAGUGAAGUCGGGAUUUUUGAGCUGAGACAUCAUGGACCCCUUCACUAUGGGUGGUGCAAUGUGGGCGUUUGUUCUGAUUCUGCCUGUUGUCAUUAUCACUACACUUUGCAUCGGCUGUUGGAAACACACUGCAAAUCGAAUCCCGCAGACUGUGGAAGAUGGUGACUAUCAGAAGUCAGACAACACCUUCGCAGUCAUACGCCCUACAGCCUAUCAUCCAACAACAAUUCCAACUACCAUUAAUUCUGCCCCUCCGCGAACUCUUGGCAUGUUAACUGUUGUCCAGAGAUCACCCCUGCCUUCAGACAGUCGGAGAAGUUCUUACAACAAGCCAGAAUCAGACAAUGAUAGUACUUCCAACUAUGUCAACACAGCAGGGAGCAUCCCAAGCUAUGAAAACUCAACGUGUGAUCCAAGUGACAAUGAAGCGGAGAAUCAGGACCCCAAUGAUGGCUACAUAACUGUACUUCCAGAUGAAGUCGCCCCUGUGCAAUAUCCAGUUGAUAUUCCAGUGCAAGAUAAACACUCAGGUCAUUUAUCACCAUCCGUUCAGAAGAACUGUCAUGCUCCUGUCUCACCAUCUCCAAAAGGAUCCCGUGGUGUAACAGCUAGAUGUGUUGUAGGGGUAUCAGCAAACAAGCAAAAAAGCAACAAAAGUCAUUGUGUGCAAAGGGAAUCAGGUUGCAGUGAGGAUUAUGAAAACUUGGCACAAGACAAGGUUGAUGGUGGUUGCAGUAGCAGAGAAAGUGAAGAUGAAUGUCCCGAUUAUGUAAACACUGAAACUCUCCCAGAACAUAUACAUCUUUCUUAUACAGUUUACGAUGAUGCAAACAGUGAAGAUGAUUAUGUCAACGCAAAUGUAGGAAACUAAAAAAUAACAGUUUGAGUGGAACCUGAUCACGUGACUACCAGUGCAGACCAGACUGCAAGUUCAUCGACAUGGACUUUUAAACUUUGCAAGUCAGGACAUCAGGGGAAGACCUUUGAUGAGAAAUAAGCUGCAGCUGUAUGUCUCUUUCUAAAGAUAUGAUGGCUUCAGGCAUGCCUGUUCAGGAACCAAAUUUCACAAACGUACAUUAACUGCAUUUAUUUUUUUUGUCAAUAUUUUUACAGCAAUAUCAUGACUGCAUUGUGGCUAAAUGUAUAUAUAAUUCACUUUUGCUGGAUGUUCAUUGAGGAAAAAGAUAAUUCCGUGCAGUUCUGUUAUCUUCAGAUCUGUAUUUUCUUUCCUUCAGAUGAAAGCGUUCUUCAGAUAUGCCAACUUUUCUGGAAAAGUCUGAUAAGUGAUACUUGGGAGGGCAGAAUGACUUAAAACAUGCACUGCAUUGAAAAAUCAUCAAGUUCUACACACAGAAUGAAACAUCAUUUUAUUUCAGUUCCCACAAUGCACAGCUCCAUUUCUUGUCAAAUAUUAGCAAACUUAACUCCACUUACACAGUGUUGUCCAUCUGGGUUUUCUAACUCAGACAUUUAUGUCUGGAAGUCAUGAAUGUUUCUUCUGGAAGUCAGGAAGCAAACACUCCGAAGCAUGUGAUAUCAUCCAUAAAGAUAAAUGCCAACAGUAAUUCUCUCUGCUGCAGAGAAAUUCAAAAAGAUAUUGCUUACAACAAACUGUCUUUUUCAGAGAAUAGACAGGUCAGCUCUGGCUGUUGUAACUUGAGCAAGAUGGUGUGUUUUCUGAGCAGUUUAUCAACAUUCUGACUAGGUGUUUUCAUGACUCUGUCAUCUACCUUCCCAACACUCUGUGGUUGAUUAUAAUGUCCGUCAUGUGCUGGUACCGUUGCUUAUGUUUACUUACCAUGAUUCUGGAAUGCCGGGAUGCCCGCUUUUCUCUGAGAAUUUCUGAGUACAAUAAUACUGAAAAAAGGAUGAAAUUAGGGAGACACACUUGACUGUGAAACUGGUGUUUGUCAUGACAUCCAGAAUAUAAGUCUCAAAGGAAAGUGAUUAUGGGUGCUUUCUUUACUUGGAAGAUGAGCAAUAGAACUGAAAACAGAAAGGUGAAGUUUGUGUUUUUCGUAUUUAGUGGAUACUGAAGAUGGACAUGACCAGGAACAAACUGGGCUGAGCAGUCUAACUGUAGGCCUCUUCUAACCAUGGGUGACUGUAGCCAUGUUCUAACCAUGGCCGACUGUAGCCAUGAGGUCACCAUGGGUAAUUGUAGCCCUAUUCUAACCAUGGGAUCAUCCCAAAGUGCCUUGUAGUUCUAUCCCACUUAGCUAUAGUGCAAACGCAAAGCAAGUCAACGGUGACCGUAAUCUGUGGAAUAAAUACCCUCCCCAUCUCACUUACAAAAUGAAGGGAUAGUACCUAAAACUAAUGGUAACAAGGGCAUUAUUCUCCUGCGAAACUCUGGAAUGUUCUUAAAGGCAAAGCUUAAUAUACUGGUAGCCCAGGCGUGUUACUUCUUUGUAUUUCAUAUUAUGUUGUUACUUUCAGGUAAUGAACAGCUCUAGGAAUGAAGUACUGUUUUAAUCUGACUGAGCCAAAGAGAGCAAUAUAAAUGCUUUAUUUGAGAUUAUUUAUUUGACAGCUUGAAGUCUGAAACAGCCAUAUUAGUGCAGUGUCCUUACAAGUGCAACACUUCAGAAUAGUUUUACCAACAAAUAUUUACUAGUGAGGUGUAUUAAUAGUUUCCAUUGGCUCUGCUCACUAGUGCACUGCAUAACUCUCAACUCUUCAUUUCCAGAAUUAGGAACAAAGUACAAAAUAAUUAAGGAAGAGGGCCCUAAAUUAAGUACAGUUUGUAAAUACCGAAGCCCAAAAUUAAGGAAACGUAUUAAAUACUGCAACUAUCAAUUUGGUUGAUAGAAAA